AUGGAUAUUAAAGUAGGUAAAUCAUUUAAGCUAACAAGAAAGCUUGGAUCAGGAGCUUUUGGUGAAAUUUUCCACGGAGUCAACCUAAAGAACAACGUGGAAGUUGCCAUUAAGUUAGAACCUGUCAACACCAAGCAUCCCUAGCUCUUCUACGAAGUCAAGCUAUAUUAAUAUUUGCUAUAAGAUGAAACUAUCAUCGAUAAGGGCAUUCCUUAAGUUUACUAUUGUUCCACAGAAGGAGAAUACAACAUCAUGGUUAUGGAUCUCUUAGGUCCCUCUUUGGAAGAUCUCUUCAACUUUUGUAACAGAAGAUUCUCAUUAAAAACCGUUCUCAUGCUUGCUGAAUAAAUGCUAUAAAGAAUCGAAUACGUUCACCACCGUCACUUCUUGCAUAGAGAUAUUAAACCAGAUAAUUUCUUGAUUGGUUCUGGCAAGCGUUCAAAUAAAGUUUUCAUCAUCGACUUCGGUUUAGCUAAGCGUUACUUACAAAGAGAUGGUACUCAUAUUCCAUAUAGGGAUAAUAAGAAUUUGACUGGUACAGCUCGUUAUGCAUCUAUCAACACUCACUUAGGUAUUGAAUAAGGUAGAAGAGAUGAUUUGGAAUCUCUAGGUUACGUUUUAAUGUACUUCUUAAGAGGCUCUCUCCCAUGGUAAAACCUAAAAGCAAACAAUAAGAAGGACAAGUAUGAGCGCAUUAUGGAAAAGAAACUCUCUACUCCUGUAGAAGUACUCUGCAAGUCUUUCCCUGAUGAAUUCGUAAAAUAUUUAGCUUAUUGUAGAAAUCUUCGUUUUGACGAAAAGCCUGAUUACAACUACUGCUAGUCUCUCUUCAAGGAACGUUUCUAAAAGGAAGGAUACGAAAAGGAUUCCAAUUUCGAUUGGAAUAAAAUUGCAAAAGAAAGAAAGAGCGAAUAGGGUAACAACCCCAAUCCAAAUGCUAACAAUAAUAUUCCCGAUGAUUAGUAAAAAGUACAAAAAUUCUUCAACCUUUGA